AUGUCAGAAAUGAUUGAGAAACACUCAUCAAACGUGAAUGUUGAUGCUAAGAUUGCUGAAAUUCGCAGAGAGUAUCGAUUUUAUCAGAAAAAUGGUGAGAAACAUCCACUUUAUAAAAUUACUUGGAAAAUUUUCUGGGAACGAAGAUAUGCUGACAUUAAGAAAGAGGGAAAGCAUAAUCCUGAUCAUUAUGAUUACAAAAAUGAUUGGGUUAAAUACUGGAUGAAUUAUAUUAAGGAAUAUUACUACAAUAAAAUGGAUUUUUAUAAGAAAAAGGAUAUGAAGCGUCUGCAUCUCUCUCCAAUUAGUAUUUCGUCAUCUGAAGAUUCUGUCAGGAGUAAGUCACGUAAGAAAGAAAGCAAACGGUGCCAUAAGAAGUCAUAUGGAUAUAGUGCUAGUGAUUCUAGUGAUUCAUACUACUCAAAAAAGCCGCUAAAAUACGUUGAAAGCUUGACAUCUGUUGAAAGUGAUUCAUUCCUGGACAAUCAAGCGAGAUCAAGCAACGAGUCCGUCACAUUACUAUCUGUAUGUCGAACAUUGGCUGUACUUGAUGCUGAAUUGGGAACUUUAUUAUCAAAUAAAAUCGUUGAUUUAAUUGGCCAAAGUAUCGAACUAGAGAAGGUUCAAGCUUAUUCAAGUGAUGAGUUUUUAAUUACUAGUGAUAAUGUUAUCUUUUUGGAAACAGUCAAAGAAAAACUCAAAGGCUUAGUGUCUACAAAAUUAUUGGAACCGAAAAAGAUUCCAGUUGCAAAAAAGUGCAUACAAAAUAUCUCACAACUCGUUCAUCAAAAUCGAUUAAAGCAGACAGAAAAGAAGAAAAACUGUCAAAUUGUUAAAGAUCCAGAAUUAACUGAGAUUAUUGCAAAAGCACUUAUUUCAUUCGGCAAAAAUGAUGCAUUGCCGGAGGAGCUUGAAGUUAUUAAAGAAAUUUAUCUUGAGGAACUCGAGAAGAACAUUGAAAUGGCACGAAAAGACAAUGAUGAAUAUAAUUCAACGACAAAUCUCUCAAAACUAAGUGCUUCAUUUUACAAAGAACUCGACGAUGAUGAAUUGAAUACUUUAAUUAAGAAUUUUCAACAAUUGGACGAGGACGAACAAAAUGAAUUCAUAAAAUUUAUAACGGAAAUCGAAGAAACAGAUCCAGAUCGAGUCCGUAGAUUACAAGAUUUCAUAAUUAAUGGACAGAAGCCAACUGAUACAAUUGUGAUAAAUGACGAUGACGAUGAUUAUAAUUUUGAUGACCUUGUUGCAACAAUUAAGUAA